AAUUUUAUAAAUUAAGUUGGGAUCCGAUCCACACUUGCAGUGGAAAUAGAAGCCGAAUUCCUUGACGGCGUAAAUAAUUUAUUGAGCACUGGAAAAAUUUUCAGUGCAACUUUUUGCGACUCUGGGUAAAAGCCCAAAGGGCCGUGAAUUUGUAAUUUGGGAAGACAACGGCGCCGUAUCAAGAAAACCUACGCUUAACGAUCUAGUCUGCAGUUUGCAGUUUUUAGAGUGAUUUGUGAUUACAGACGAGAGAGAGAGAGAGGAGAGAAAAGGGGAAGAAGGGAAGGAAAACCUAAAACACAAAAUGCUGGAAGACGAGGAAAUAGAGGAGGGGAUGCUGGUCGAAGACGAUGCGCAGACAGAGGUUGAGCGGCCGGUGGAGAAAUCGCCAUAUGAAAUGCUUCAAGAGAGCAAGGCUUCCGUGGAGGACAUCGUCGCCAAGAUGCUCUCCAUUAAAAAAGAAGCCAAACCCAAAUCCCAGCUCAGAGAACUCGUCACUCAGAUGUUCGUCCACUUCGUCACCCUUCGCCAGGCAAAUCGUUCCAUCUUGCUUGAAGAAGAUCGUGUGAAAGCAGAGACGGAACGUGCUAAGGCACCGGUGGACUUCACAACUCUGCAACUUCACAAUCUAAUGUAUGAAAAAAGCCACUAUCUCAAAGCCAUAAAAGCCUGCAAAGACUUCAAGUCAAAAUACCCAGAUAUCGAACUUGUGCCUGAAGAGGAAUUUUUCCGAGAUGCACCUGAGGAGAUAAAAACUUCUGUAUUAUCAAAUGAUAAUGCACACAACCUGAUGCUGAAGAGGCUCGAUUUUGAACUGUUUCAGCGCAAAGAGCUCUGCAAACUUCGUGAGAAACUUGAAGGACAGAAGAAAAGUCUUCUGGAGACCAUUGCCAACAGGAAAAAAUUCUUGUCAAGUCUCCCCUCACACCUCAAAUCCCUUAAAAAAGCAUCUUUGCCUGUGCAGAACCAGUUAGGGGUUCUGCAUACAAAGAAACUAAAACAGCACCACUCAGCGGAAUUGCUUCCGCCCCCUCUCUAUGUGGUAUACUCACAGUUGUUGGCACAGAAGGAAGCAUUUGGAGAACAAAUUGAUCUGGAGAUACUAGGAAGUCUGAAGGAUGCCCAAACUUUUGCUCACCAGCAGGCAAAUGUGGAAACUGGCAUUUCUACUGUGGUAGAGAAUUCCAGAAUGGAUGAUGAUGCUGCUGAUGAGGAAGAUGAUGGGCAGAGAAGGAGAAAACGGCCCAAGAGGGUUCCAACCAAAGAAGGCCUUGACCAGACUCGAGUAUAUCAAGUUCAUCCUCUGAGAAUAAUCCUUCAUGUAUAUGAUGAUGAGGUUUCUGAUUCCAAGCCUGCAAAACUUAUAACUCUGAAGUUUGAGUAUUUGUUGAAGUUGAAUGUUGUAUGCGUUGGAAUUGAAGGAUCCCAUGAAGGUCCCAAGAAUAACAUCUUAUGCAACUUAUUUCCAGAUGACACUGGCCUUGAGCUUCCUCACCAGUCAGCCAAGCUCUUUGUUGGUGAUGCAUUUGCAUUUGAUGAAAGGAGAACUUCCCGUCCUUAUAAGUGGGCGCAGCAUUUGGCGGGAAUUGAUUUCUUGCCUGAGUUGUCUCCUCUGUUAAGUGGGCGUGAAACUCCAAGCAGUGAUGUAGCUAAAAGUGAUGCUGUUAUAUCUGGCCUUUCUCUAUACCGCCAGCAGAAUCGGAUACAGACAGUUGUGCAAAGAAUCCGAUCUCGGAGAAAGGCUCAGCUGGCUCUUGUGGAACAGCUUGAUUCACUUAUGAAGCUUAAAUGGCCAGCUUUGUCUUGUGAAAGUGUUCCAUGGGCUUUGCAUAGACCGUUGUGCAAUUUGCUUGGUUGGUCACCUGUAGGAUCCCCUCCUAAUCAGGCUUCAUCUUUGUCUGUUAUGGACAAAGAACAGGUUCAAGAACCUACAGAUGCUGAUUUGGUUGGAAGAUCUAUAGCUUCAAAAGAGGAUCUAGAAAGUAGGGAAGAUGGGGAGCUUCCAUCUUUAGCUCCAGUCACAUCUGUUAUAAGUGAUAUUAAACUCACUCCAUUAAAAGAAUCUAAUCUUGACCACUCCAGGCAGCUGGCUUUAAUUUCAAAGAGUAUCACACCUCCAAUCAGUAAGGCAAAAUCACAAAGUUUUAAGAAAAAUGAUGAAGAUUCAGAUCUUAUGCUGGAUAUUGAUGGUGGUCUGGAUGAGCCUGCAUACAUUGAACAAGAGGAAGAAAAUCCAGUGCCCAUUCAAGAUGUCACUGGAAAACUGUGGGUGGAUUAUGGAUUGAGGGUGUAUUCUCUUGUUUUAACCAGGAAUAUAGGAACUGAUAAAAGGACCAUGAAGUUAGAAGCCAAGAUUAAAAUCAGCAUGGAGUAUCCUUUGAGGCCUCCUCUUUUUGCGUUGAGUCUUUGCACUAUAACGGGUGAAAACCAUUAUAGUGAUGAUGGUUCUGAGUGGUUCAAUGAACUACGUGCGAUAGAAGCAGAGGUUAAUCUGCAUAUGUUGAAGAUGUUGCCUUCAGAUCAUGAAAAUUAUAUCUUAGCUCAUCAAGUUUGCUGUUUGGCAAUGUUGUUCGACUAUUAUAUGGAUGAGCUAUCUUCGUCUUCUGAAAAGAGAAAGAGUACUUCAGUGGUUGACAUUGGUUUGUGUAAGCCCGUCAGUGGUCAGCUUGUUGCUAGAUCAUAUAGAGGAAGGGAUCGCAGGAAGAUGAUAUCCUGGAAGGACACGGAAUGCACUCCUGGAUAUCCCUGCUAGAACUCAUUUUUAAGCACAUGAAGAUGAUUAGAUAAAGUUCUGAUUCAGAAUCCUAUUAGUCCGUGGUUCAGAAGAACCUAUAAAAAAGAAUUAUUUUCCUCAGCAGUUAGAAGGGGUAAAGAAACUAUAAAACCAUUAAGUAUGCAGCUCUGAAUCAUUGAAAUUGUGGAAUCAGGAGUCUUGGUGAAUUUAUCACGCACCAUUUAUCCCGUUCUGGAAUCUUGAGGAACACGAUUGGGAUAUCCUGUGGAAUGAUGGGAAAAUCCCUACUUAUUUAACUGAUUUAUGACAUUUCACAGAAAUUUCUCUCUCUGGAUGCUCUUACUGGAGCGUCCCUUUAAUUAUUGUUAUUAUUAUUAUUAUUGUUCAAUUUAGAUAUAUUUUUAAAUCCGUCUCAUCAGCGCAGCACCUCGUGCGGCAACGGAAUAUGACAAUUAAUUGUAUUUCGUUGGAUUUGAGGUUUUUUUUGUUUAUUAUUAAAUGAUUAUUGAUUUUGGAGUUGAAUGAUUAAUAUUGGUUCAGUUUUGGAUGGAAGUAUAA